AUGGCUGCUGAUGUCAGCUCCAUCGCACGGUUACUAAGCGGUCACAAAGAUGAUCGAACGGUGGCUAAAGAAUCCUCCGGAACGAAAACUACGGCGGCACCGAUGACUCGGGAUCUUCUUGGAAGCGGCAGAGGAGGAGGUGAUAGGUCACUGGAGCUUGACCUUGACCUUCAAGUUCCCACCGGCUGGGAGAAACGUCUCGAUUUGAAGUCAGGGAAAGUUUAUUUGCAACGAUGCUCAUCGUUUUUAACCAAUCAAACAGUACCGACGUUUCAAGAUUUGAAUAUUCCUCUGAGUCCAUGCAACUCUCAAACGAAGCCAUUGCUAAACCUCUUCGACGACACCACGCCAUCUCUUUCCGACCAUCCUAUCUAUUUAUCGCCGAACCGUAGUUUCCAGAGCGUCUGCAAGCUAGACAAGGUUAAAUCAGCUCUAGAGAGAGUAGAAAGAGAUCCGGUUAUGUUAAAGAAACGGCAAUCGCCGGACGACGAUCAUAAUAAUCAUAAGGUGACGACGGAGAUUAAUGGGUCACCGGUGGCGGCAGGAUGUCCCGGAUGUUUGUCUUACGUUCUGGUGACGAAGAACAACCCUAGAUGUCCGAGAUGCGAUACCAUUGUUUCUUUGCCUUCAAAUUCUAAGAAGUCUAGGAUUGAUCUCAACAUAUCAAUCUGA